AUGCUUGAAAAAGUGCUGGAAAGUCAGACAAAUACAGAAAAGAUAUUAUCUGGGCUAUUAGAGACAGUGGUUUCUCACUCAACAGCUAUUCAAUACCUUGAACAGCAGAUGUGUGAACUUUCUAGAGAGCAGCAUCCUGCUAGAAAGAGAGGACUUCCUAGUGAUACUAUUCCAAACCCGAAGAAUGGUAGUGGUGUGGAGCAUACUUUUCCUAUUACCACGAGAAGCAGUAAACUAGUUCAAGGUGCUGACAAGAAGGUGAUUGAUCUAGAUCCGAUUAUUGAGGAAAAAGAGGUGCAUUCUGAUGUGCCUAUAGUAAAUGAUAAGGUCCAUGCUAAAGAGAAAGCUGUUGAUAUUCCAUAUGUUGUUGUUGAUACUAGGAAACAGAUGAUAAAAGGGGCUCUUCACCAUUUGACUCAGAUGUACAAGUUAACAGUGAAUUUUUCAUUCUUAGAUGUUGUGAAAGAGAUGCCCGGAUUUGUUAAGUUUGUGAAAGACCUGCUUAUGAAGAAGAGGUCCGUUCAACAUAAGACAGUGAAUCUAACUCAUUGCGUGAGUUCGACUAUUGCUUUCACCACGGUUCAGAAGAGGGGAAAUACAGGGGUGUUUACCAUUUUGUGUAAUAUUGGGCUUCAUACAUUCACUCGUGGUUUGUGUGAUAAUGGGGUGAGUAUCAAUCUAACGCCCCUUGCUAUUUUCAAGAAAUCUGGAUUGGGAAUGCCUAGACCGACUUCUAUGCAAUUACAAAUGGCGGACAGAUCCAUCAAAAAGCCAGUUGGGAUUAUAGAUGAUGUGUUGGUACAAAUGGGUAAGUUCAUGUUGCCUACUGAUUUCAUUAUUCUGGAUUGUGCGGUUGAUAAAGCUAUUUCCAUCUUCUUGGGAAGACCCUUCCUUGCUACGGGCAGAGCGCUUAUGGACUCUAAAAAGAAUAAAAUCAAGUUCCGAGUAAAUGAUGAAGAGGUGAAUUUCCAAGCAAAUAAAGAGAUGAAGUUGCCAAAAGAAAGUUCAGGAGAAGCUCUUGCUGCUAUUCUGGUAAACAUUGAUGCUGAUGAUAUGGAGGACUACGUGGAACCUAUGAAUGCGCUUGACGGUCUGGGUUCUUACGCUUACCACCUAAGAAAGCUUGAUCUUGACCUUGUAAAUAGAACCACUCCACCAACUAAGACUUCUAUUGUUGAGCCACCAAAUCUUGAGCUUAGCCAACUCCCAUCACGCUUAAGGUAUGAGUUUGUUGGUCCGAACAAGACAUUGUCAGUGAUUGUUUCAUCAUUGCUGAUUAAGGAACAUAUUGAGCGAUUAUUAGAGAUUUUGCGCGAAUAUAGACGUGCUAUUGAGUUCAAUUUUGAGGUGAGAGAUCGAAAAGGGUCCGAAAAUCAGGUUGCUGACCAUCUCUCUAGGUUUGAGGAAAUUGGGGUACCAGCAAAAGAACUUGAUAUUGAUGAUGCUUUUCUGGAUGAACAAGUUUUGGCAAUGACUAUGCAAGUGGCACCUUAG